GUUCACGUCCCUACUACUGGGCAUCCAGACACAUCCGCCCACCCACUCAUCCUCUCAAACACUCCCUCACCAUCAUGCCCUCCGACCUCUCCUCGUAUCUCGCAACCCACUACCUCACCGCCGACACAAAACCCACUAAGAAGCGCAAGCGCAAGCACGACAAAUCCUCCGGCGGCGGUCUCCUCAUCCAAGACGACGACGAAUGGGGCAGCGGUAGCAGCUCUCACCGAAGGUCGAGAGCCCACGGUGGCGAUGGCGACGAGGACGAUAACAGCCCCGUGACGGUCGGCAAGGUCAAGGAGUUCCGAAAAACCACAAAGGCGAACUGGAAGACCGUUGGAGGCAGGCCCGCCGCUGACGACGCGGAGGCAGCCGCGGCAGACGCCAUCCUUGCCUCGGCGGCGGCGGAGAACGAGGCCGCGCGCAAGGCGGAGGACGAUGACCCGACCGUGGUAGAGGAGUCAUCCGACGCCGCCGCCGCCGCGGCGAGGAUGGCGGAUGGCACACAUGCCGGCCUGCAGUCUGCCGCUGCGGUCACCGCGCAGCUGGAGCGGCGCCAGAAGGAGGAGCGCGAGCAGUUCGAGGCAGAGAGGCGCGCCGGCGUGGUCAAACAUGGCGAGGAGGAGACGUAUUAUCGCGAUGCGACCGGCCGGAGGGUCGAUGUGAGCAUGAAGCGUGCCGAGGCGCGGCGGGCCGCCCUGGAGGCGGAGGAGAAGGAGCGCAUGAAGGAGGAGAUGCUCAAGGGUGAGGUGCAGCUCGAGGAGGCAAGGAAGAGAAAAGAAGUGCUGGAGGAUGCAAGGGGGAUGGCCGUUGCGAGGACGGCAGACGACGAGGAGAUGAACAGGGAGCUGAAGGAGCAGAGGCGGUGGAAUGAUCCUAUGGCACGGUUUUUGGACGCAGAAGAGGAGAGGGCAGGUCCGAAAACGAGUGCAGGCGGUGUUGAUGAGAAGGGGUCCAAAAAGGCAAGCAGGAAGCCUGUGUAUAAGGGUCCUGCACCGCCAAAUCGAUAUGGCAUACGUCCAGGAUACCGGUGGGAUGGUGUUGACAGGAGUAAUGGUUUCGAGGCGGAACGAUUCAAGGCUAUCAACCGGCGAGAGAGGAAUAAGGGCCUAGACUACGCCUGGCAAAUGGAUGAGUAA